AUGAGCUCAUUAAUGAUCUGGCUGUGUUUAUGGUCUUGUUUUGUUGUUGUUAUUCUUGCACCACCGUCACCGCUGAAGAUUAAUCAAACUCGAUCUUUAGAGAAGAUCACGAAUCGAUCAGAUCCCAAUGCAAAAACCUUCGUCGAACAUCGAAAACCGACUACUAACAAGACAAUUAUGACUUCUCCAAUAAAUCUUCAUCUAUUCGAUAUUAAUACAUAUCGAAGUUCGUGGAAAUUUGUCGAUAAGAACACCGUUCGCGUUCGUUUUCGUCUACAUGAAAUCUUGAUCUCUCUAGUUACAGAAUCGCGUUUUAUUGUUCGUCAUAUUCAUACUGAUCAUAUUCAAAUGUAUGAAAAGCCGCAUGAAAUGAUUAAUUCCACAUUUACACUCUAUUUGCAUAAUAUCAAACAUGGUCGGCAUACGGUCUGCUUGUUACUUUAUACAUUAAAGUUCGUUCGAACUCCGAAAUAUACGUUCUGUCAAGAUAUUAUUUUUAAUUUUCAAAAAUAUGGUCACCACGAUACGGACUCGGAUGAAUACGGAAAUACGUUUUUCUUUCUUCUUACGCAGUACUCGAUUGUGAUAGGAAUUCUUUGUAUAUUACAAUUAGUUCAUACUGGUCGGAAACAUCGGUUUCUUAAACUUGUUAAUGCGAAAGCCAAUGCUCUGCGAAAUGUCAUGACGGAAUCUUAUCGUCGUUCACCAGAGAAUAAAUCAUCCGCAGACAAUGGGAAUAUUCGAACGAAUGCAUUGGAAUGUUUGAUGUAUAAUUUAAAUCGAAAUGUUCUCUUCAAUCUCGAUCAAAUGUACAUGCAAACCGCCAAUGAAGACGAUGAAGAAAACACGAACAAUAGUUUGCCGAUAAUCGAUCAGAAGAGAACAAAACGUGGAACAUUUUUGAAAAUACCUGAUCACACUGAUGAGUAUUCUAAGUCAUCUUUACAUCGUCGAUCAGUGGCGAGAACGACAAAUGAUCUUGACUCAGAUUCAGACGAAAAUUCUGAUGAGGGUGAAUCCGAUUCACGAUCUGAUGACGAACAAUCAACUAGUUUCAAAACAUUAUCACACAUUCUUGAAGAUAAUAAGCCAUGGUUGUCACGUUUGAAUGAUGAUGGGAAUAUUCAACAUUCGAUAUUACCCACACAAAGCAGCCAAAGACCAACUUUUGUUUAA